AGUGCGGUGUUUGUCUGCCGGGCUGACGGUCGGCCGGGCGGUGCGCGGCGGCGGCGGCGGCGGCGGCGGGGAAGAUGGCGGCGUCCUCCCUGGAGCAGAAGCUGUCCCGCCUGGAAGCAAAGCUGAAGCAAGAGAACCGCGAGGCCCGGCGGAGGAUCGACCUCAACCUGGAUAUCAGCCCCCAGCGGCCCAGGCCCAUUAUUGUGAUCACUCUAAGCCCUGCUCCUGCCCCGUCCCAACGAGCAGCCCUGCAGCUCCCGCUGGCCAAUGAUGGCGGCAGCCGCUCACCGUCCUCCGAGAGCUCCCCGCAGCACCCCACGCCCCCUGCCCGGCCUCGCCACAUGCUGGGGCUCCCAUCCACCUUGUUCACACCCCGCAGCAUGGAGAGCAUCGAAAUUGACCAGAAGCUGCAGGAGAUCAUGAAGCAGACAGGCUACCUGACCAUCGGGGGCCAGCGCUACCAGGCAGAGAUCAAUGACCUGGAGAACCUGGGGGAGAUGGGCAGUGGCACCUGCGGCCAGGUGUGGAAGAUGCGCUUCCGGAAGACAGGCCACGUCAUCGCUGUGAAGCAAAUGCGGCGCUCGGGGAACAAGGACGAGAACAAACGGAUCCUCAUGGACCUGGACGUCGUGCUCAAGAGCCACGACUGCCCUUACAUCGUGCAGUGCUUCGGAACCUUCAUCACCAACACGGACGUCUUCAUCGCCAUGGAACUCAUGGGCACGUGUGCCGAGAAGCUGAAGAAGCGGAUGCAGGGCCCCAUCCCUGAGCGGAUCCUGGGCAAAAUGACUGUGGCGAUCGUGAAAGCGCUCUACUACCUGAAGGAGAAGCACGGCGUGAUCCACCGGGACGUCAAGCCCUCCAACAUCCUGCUGGACGAGCGGGGCCAGAUCAAGCUCUGUGACUUUGGCAUCAGCGGCCGCCUUGUCGACUCCAAAGCUAAAACUCGGAGUGCGGGCUGCGCCGCCUACAUGGCACCUGAGCGUAUUGAUCCCCCGGACCCCACCAAGCCAGACUAUGACAUCCGGGCGGACGUGUGGAGCCUGGGCAUUUCCCUGGUGGAGCUGGCGACAGGACAGUUUCCAUACAAGAACUGCAAGACAGACUUCGAGGUCCUCACCAAGGUCCUGCAGGAAGAGCCCCCACUCCUGCCUGGUCACAUGGACUUCUCGGGGGACUUUCAGUCCUUCGUCAAAGACUGCCUUACUAAAGAUCACAGAAAGAGACCAAAGUACAAUAAGCUACUUGAACACAGCUUCAUCAAGCGCUAUGAGACGCUGGAGGUGGACGUGGCGUCCUGGUUCAAGGAUGUCAUGGCAAAGACCGAGUCACCGCGGACUAGCGGAGUCCUGAGCCAGCAUCACCUGCCUUUCUUCAGGUAGCCGCAUGGCGGCGGCCAUGCUCACCGGGGGGCCAGGGACAUGGACACAGGCCCCCCUUCCCUACCUGGCCACCCAGCUGCCCAUCAGGGGAGACCUGGGACCUGGACGGCCGCCAAGGGCUGAGGACAGCAAGUAGGGGACGCCAACCCACCCCUGACUUCCUGCCCAGCAGCCGUGGACAGAUGGGCCCGCCAGACUCUAGCCCUUCCAGUCCUGGGGUCAGCCGUAUGCGUCCCCCCCGACAGACACUGUGAACGGAAGACAGCAGGCCGCGAGCAGACUCGCUAUUUAUUCAGUCGUAACCUCUGGGCUGGGGUGGCCCCCCAGGGGCCAGGAGAGAGUCGCCUGUCCUGUACCUUCCCACACUUGCCCCAUGCUGUCCCCUUCGCCUCCCUGGUGCACAUGCUCCCUGUCUUCAUUUCCCUCUGUCACCUCCCUCAGUGCCUCUGGUUUUCCCCAUCUCCCUCCCUGCCUCUGCCUCUCUCCUGGCCCAUACCUGGGCUCUGCCACCCCCGAUGGGACCCCUGGGUCCACUUAGGUCUGUGGCGAGGGACGAGUCCCUCAGCUGGUGUCCUCGCCCCAGGAAGGCAGGCUGGGCAUUGUGACUGCAGCAGACCCGGCUCUCUCUCUCUCUCUUUGAUCUCAGGGGGUCCUUUUUGGAGUUUAUUGUAUUUUAUUGUACUUGGGGGGAUAUUUGGGGGGUGGGGGGAGGAAGAAGAGCUUGUUCUCAUGGGGUUUGUCGGUACCUUCAGAAACUUUUACCAAAGUCAUGUUUAGCUGCUUGUGGUGGAGCCCCCAACCACCUGUGGGCACCGGGGGGCCGGGC